CAUUUACGAAAGACACUGCCAUCCAUCGUCACAUCAUCCCUCGCACCAUCCGGGUGCUUCAAGACGGGCAAUCUGGUGUCGUUGGUCCGCGAUGUGCUCCCACGUGACAGCCGCUCACCUCACCCUAGGUACCCGGUCGCUCCAACGCCCGUAUUCCGGGGCUCCACUCGGCCCGCAUGUGUCCACUUCAUUACACCUUCGCACCCAGAACCGCACCACUCGGCGACACUCGCAUCUCACACCAUCGCAGUGUCCCGCACUCAUAUCCGCUCAUUGGACCAUAGAAGUUGCGAUUGGAGCACCGGGAUUCACUGUGAAGCGGAAUAUCGAGACUCAAUGGCAUCGAUCAAUGACCUUGCCACGGCGGCAAUAGCGACGUCGGCCGCAAGCGGCGGACAGGCCGGUGAUGCUCUCCCCGUCACCACACCGCCGGCGGGUGUCGUCCGCGGGACUUUCAUCGCAUUUGAAGGUCUCGAUCGGAGUGGCAAGACCACGCAGGUGAAGCUGCUUGAACAGCGGUUGAUUGAAGAGGGGAAGAAGGUCAAGGUUAUGAGGUUUCCGGAUAGAACAACGCCUAUUGGUCAAAUGAUUGAUGCAUAUCUCAAGAGCUCAGUCGAGAUGGAAGACCACGUCAUCCACCUUCUCUUUAGCGCAAACAGAUGGGAAGCAGUAAAAAACAUCCAAAAUCUCCUGGCGUCAGGAUACACCGUCAUCUGCGACAGGUAUUACCACUCGGGCAUCGUCUACUCCGCCGCGAAACAGAACCCCACCUUGAAUCUUCACUGGGCGCGUCAACCGGAAAUCGGCCUCCCCCGACCGGACCUCGUCCUGUUCCUCGACCUCGAGGAGGCCGUCGCCCGGGAGCGCGGGGGCUGGGGCGGCGAAGUGUACGAAAAGGCCGAGUUCCAGAAGCGGGUGCGCGAGCUGUUUUGGGGCCUGAGCCUGGGGCGCGUUGGGCCUGAUGGUGGGCUGGGCGAGGAGGGCAGGGUCGAUCGGGAGUUUCGGCAAGAGGAGGAGGAUUUGGUUGUGGUCGAUGCUGGGGGUACGCUUGAGGAUGUUGCCGAGGAGAUUUGGAGGAAGAUUGGGCCAAGAGUGGAGGCGGUUGAGAAGGGGGAGGCUGGGAGCACGGUGAGGGUUGUGUCGUGA